AUGCCUGAUGAAUAUCAGCACAUUUGUGUUGUACGCGCAUUCGCUCGAUGGAUUCUUGCUUCUGGUCUAACCGAUGGAUAUCUCUUUCGGAAAAUUCGUGCCAACGACCGUAUCGCUGAAGAGAAUGAACCAAUGACAUCAGAACAGUUUCUGGAGAUGUUCCGCAACAACCUGCUGGACGUGGGAGUUGAUUUUGUUCCCUACGGAACUCACUCGUUCAGACGCGGUGGAUGCCAGUGGUUAUCGGUUGAGCGUCGAUGGCCUUUGCGUCAAAUUUGUGAAUGGGGUGGCUGGAGUCAAGAAUUCACCCACUUGACAAUUGUCAAGUACCUUAUUUCAUGGAACGACAACCCUCAUGUUGAUCGAGACGAUUUCUUCAACAUGAAGCGUGCACCUGCGAAAGUUUGUCCCACCUGCAACCGCUCAUGUCAUUGUGCUUAG